CACACCUCACAGGGCCACUGCAGCGGUGUAUCAACCCCUAAACAGAUUGCAUGUGGGAUUUGUUAGCUUACACCUCAAAGACCUCUCGUACACUAAACUCAUGGAGACCUGAGUUGUUUGACAGGUUGACACACACUGUGGCAUCGGCUUUCCAGGUACCAUCUCGGCAGUGUGCCACAUGAGACAGCUGUGCCGCAAGCGUGCAACAUGAUAUCAAAUCUGCAACUACAAGGAUUCUUUCCACGUGCAACGCUCCCACAUACCACGCAUAGUAGCGUGAGCUUGAACCAUUGAUCUGGCCACUGACCCGUCAGUUCAUCGAGGCUCCCGGACUUCCCUGUAACAAGGAUCUGGAUUCUUGCUGACUCAAUCAAACCACCUUCAUACUUUCGUGCCAAAAAACGCAAAGACAAACGAUCACGUAAACCACCCCAAAAUGGCCACAGAUAAGCAAAUGUACGACGAUGUCGCCGGCGACUACGACAUCAUCUGGGCGACCCCCGCCGUCAAAAUCUUAUGGACACUGCUGGACAACGAGCUCCCAAAGCUCGGCAACUGGAAAGGCGCCCGUGUUCUCGACCUAGCAUGCGGCACCGGCAUUGGUCUCCGUGAGGCUCGCAAGUUCGGCGCCACAGGGCUUGUCGGCAUCGACAUCUCGAAAGAGAUGGUCGAAGUGUGCAAAGCCACGACCAAGGACGUGGACCAAUUCACUCUGCACGUAGCCGACUGCUCUCAACCCCUGGACCACCUCGAGGGUCUGGAGGCUGGGUCUUUUGACCUGGUCAUUGGCAUGUGGCUGCUCAACUACGCCGAAUCCGCAGAGCAACUACAAGGCUUUUGGGAUAACAUUGCCAAGUACCUCAAACCUACCGGCACCUUUUUGGGUAUCAUCCAGAACCAGGAGACAUUUCAGCCGGUGUCCAUGAAGACGCUCAAGUAUGGCGCCAUGGAGUCCAAUGUGACACCUCUCCCGUCCGGUGACGGCGUCAAGAUGCACGUCGAAUUUGAGACGACACCGAAAGUCGAGUUCGAUACUUACGUGCUCAAGAAGGAGAUCUUUGAGGCCACGGGGGCGAAAGCAGGACUGGAGAUUGUCAAGUAUGUCAGGCCGGACAAGUCAGUGCUCUCGGAAGAAGAGCAAAAGAACUACGGCUGGUGGGAGGAGUUGCUCGUCGAGUACCCCAACCAGCUCAUCAUUGCGAAGAAAGCAUAAGUUUGAGAUUGUGUCAAAUGCCAUAGGUCGUUAGACCGGAUAUGUUUAUAGCAAAACUGAGUUCCUGGCGACAUAGCCUAUGCUUGAGGAUCUCUACAAUUGUAUCAGGCGCCGGCAAUCACUGAUCUGCACAGUAAGUAUACCGGCCCCAGAGUCAAUAUUGCUGCAGCCUCCAAGGCCUAGGCUUGUUCGAACAGACUUUCUGGGCCAAUUUACCCACUGAACAACCUUCAGUGGUAUGUCCCCAGAUUUUCACGUAA